GAGUAAUUUCUCCUAAGAAAACAUACCCAACACACCAAACGAAGAAUUAAAAUCCAAAGACAGAGAGAGACUCACAAAACCACGCCCUUCUCUCUCUCUCUCUCUCUACAUGGAAUUCAAUCUGAAGCAAUGGAGAUACCAACAUGAGUCAGAAGAACAACCACCUUCUGCAAAGUUACCAAGACUUCUCCAACAACAACAGCAAGAGCAAGAACAAGACCACCACCCAUCUGGGUCUGGGUCUGGGUCUGCUGCACUUCCAUUGUUUGUAGUAGCUGCUGAACACACCCCCAAACUCACCGACCUGUCAGCAGCACUCCCAUCUGCACCAGCUGAUUCAACAACAAUCACUUCUACCAGAUUUCCCAAGAUGGGAAGUUGUUACUUCAGCAUGGGGCAGUGGCAGGAGCUUGAGCUGCAGGCAUUGAUAUUCAGGCAUAUGUUGGCUGGUGCAACUGUUCCUCCUCAACUUCUUCACCAUCUUCUACUCAAGAAAACUACAACCCCCCUUCUCAACACCAUCAUCUCAUCCCUUCCUCCUCCUGCUUCAUACUUCCUACAUCACCCUCUUCAACACUACCAUCCUGCUUUAUUGCAAACUGGAGGAGGAGGUUACUGGGGAAGAGGUUCGAUGGAUCCGGAGCCAGGUCGGUGCAGGAGGACAGAUGGGAAGAAAUGGAGGUGCUCAAGGGAUGUGGUUGCUGGACACAAGUAUUGCGACCGCCACGUCCACCGUGGCCGCAACCGUUCAAGAAAGCCUGUGGAAAUCUCCACAACCUCACCCUCCUCCUCCUCCACUCCUUCUGCUAGUGGUUCUAAUGGUGUUUCUCAUGGCGGCGGCAGUGGCGGCAGUGGUGGUGGAAGAGGAGGAGGAGUUCCCCAAAUGAACACUGCCCUUGCUUCCCACCACACCCUCUCUGGUGGAACCCAUUUUGAUCUUUCAAGGCCUUCCCCUCUCAUUGAUCCCUUCCACCUCAAUCAAAGAUCCUCAGAAUCAAGAACUGAAAACAAAGGUCUAUUCAAAGCCCAAAAUGAGGAUGGCAAAACCGGUGCACAGGUUCUUCGCCAUUUCUUCGAUGAUUGGCCAAGAUCACUUCAAGAAUCCAACAAUGGCACGACGAAUGCCAGCUCAUCCACCUGCCUUUCCAUUUGGACUCCUGGCAAUCCAUCCUCAGACUUCUCAUUGAAACUGGCAACCGGGGAUGGAGAUGAGCCUGGAGGACAUCAUCAAGAAGGGAAUGCUGAAAGAGAGCGGCCUCAAUUGAAUUGGACCGGAGGUUGGGGAUCACACCAGGUGGCUCCGAUGGGCGGUCCACUUGCCGAGGCAUUGAGAUCAUCCAUCUCCAAUUCAUCCCCGACAAGCGUAUUACAUCAGUUGCAGCCAAGUUCAACAUCCGUGACCAGUUAUGUCACCACCUGAAUUUACUUACUAUCUCAAAAAGAGAAAAAAAAAGAAUGUUUUAAUAAAUUUUUGCUUAUUUUCAUACCUGUGUUGUAGGGUGAGGACUCUUUUCCUCUUCACUUGUUCUAUAUAUUGUACGAUGUGUUGUCGGAUUUGUGUGACUUGACUAGACCAUACCAGACCAAUGUGUUUUGAUCCAGAGGCUAGUAAGUAAAGACCCCUCUUCAAUCUUCAA